AUGCAACAGUUUGCAUGCAACCUCUAUGAUCUUGAUGGCGAGCGUGUCCUCACCCAUGUCGUCUCAUCUCUGCACAUUGUACGGCCCAUUCAAGACAACGAGUUUACAUUCCGAGAUGCCUAUAUCAACAAGAACAGCGUUGUUAUUUUCGGACGCAUGGAACCUAACACGUCUGUCGCUCUACAUUUAUUGCGCCCCGACUACAAGGCCCACGGCUGGUUCCGUCUGACGUGGCCUAUGGAAUGUGGAUUUGGUGCAGCCCGUAUUUUGUAUGACACCCAAAUACAAGUUUUGAAAGAAUUUGUCGCCCGAGAUGCAAAGGAUACCCAGAAAACCUUAAGCUGGAUUGCAGGAGAGACGGAGAAAGAUGUACUGAUGUACAUCGAUUUGGAGAGAGUCAAUGUCUAUGCCCCAUGGGAGGAGGCCAGCGGUAUUGGUUUACUUCCUUCUGACAGCGUCAACAUGCAAGAUAAACUGCUUCGCCAAGCCACACACCAUCCAGUCCAAAUCACGGCGAUGUUGCAGCAUAUCCCCGACUUCUUGUCAGGUAUAGAGGCAUUUAUCGUCAAGGCAAAUAGGGUGGACAUUAUUCCGGUAGCAUAG